GAUGUUGACCUCGAAUGUCUCGAAUAUCUGGAAACUCGCAUGUUUGAACGAUCAAGAGAGGCAGGUGUGGCAGGCUGGUACCAAUGGGGACUUGACGUUGGUUAUCACCAGGACAAUUGGGAUCCGUAUAUAGGACUUCGAGAGGGAUUGAAUCACUUCAAUUUUCAGGAUGAGAAG